AAAAUUUAUUAGUCUCUUUAUCUCGGGAACACAUUCCACUUUAGACAGCAACAAAAACUCGUCUAUUUUACAUCGUCAAAAUGCCCACUUUUACCCGCGAUUUCGUCACAAAGCAAAGACAUUACAGGCUUGCCCCAGGCUCAAACCCCGUUCUUAGCGCCAGUCCAACGCUUUGCUACGGGUUACCUCUGCAUCAAUUGCCCCGGUAUCGGGUGGAAAAAUACCUAACUUUACAGCCCCUCAACCUCCGAAAGCCGGGAGGGGAGGUGCCCCUCGUUACCUACCAAAAUGCGGGGCAGAACAUUUACAUUUUCGUUGACCUGAGUAAGAGCUCCUGGAAAUUCUUUUGCUUCCAACGAGAAUCUCUCUAUCACAACACCACAGAUCAAUUCAUCGUCAACAAUGCCUCAAUCCGCCCUCCUCCUCGGUUCCGGCUUCGUUGCCACCCCUGCCGUCGAAGUCCUCGCCAAGGCUGGCGUUCACGUUACUGUUGCUUGCCGUACUCUCGCCUCAGCCAAGAACCUCGCUGGAACUUUCGACAACACCAACGCCAUCAGCCUCGAUGUCAACGAUUCCGCUGCUCUCGAGGAGGCUGUCGCUAAGCACGACAUCACCAUCUCUCUGAUUCCCUACACAUACCACGUUGCCGUCAUCAAGGCCGCUAUCAAGGCUAAGAAGAAUGUCGUCACUACCUCUUACGUCUCUCCUGCUAUGGAGGAGCUCCACGAGGAGGCUAAGGCCGCCGGUAUCACAGUCCUGAACGAGAUUGGUGUUGACCCUGGUGUCGACCACCUUUACGCUGUCGACUUCAUCGACCGCAUCCAGCAGGAGGGUGGCAAGAUCAAGUCCUUCAAGAGCUUCUGCGGUGGUCUCCCCGCCCCUGAGAACUCCAACAACCCUCUAGGCUACAAGUUCAGCUGGAGCAGCCGAGGUGUUCUUCUGGCCCUCAAGAACAACGCCAAGUACUACGAGGACAACAAGCUGGUUGACAUCACUGGUGUCGACCUCAUGGGCACUGCUAAGCCUUACCACACCGGCUACUUGGGUUACAACUUCGUUGCCUAUGGAAACCGUGACAGCACUGGUUACCGUCAGCGCUACCGCAUUCCCGAUGCCGAGACCGUCGUCCGAGGAACCAUUCGCUACAAUGGUUUCCCCCAGUUCGUCAAGGCUCUCGUCGACAUUGGCUUCCUCAGCGUUGAUGAGCAAGACUUCUUCAAGCAGGCUAUUCCUUGGAAGGAGGCCCUCCAGAAGUUCAUUGGUGCUAGCUCAUCAAGCGAGGAGGAUCUGAUCAAGACUGUCCUCUCCAAGACCUCUAUCAGCGACGAGUCUGUUAAGAGCCAAGUGCUGGCUGGACUCAAGUGGAUUGGUGUCUUCUCUGAUGCCAAGACCACCCCUCGCGGAACAGCCCUCGACACCCUGUGCGCCACUCUUGAGCAGAAGAUGGCUUAUGAGGAGGGCGAGCGCGAUCUUGUGUUCCUCCAACACACUUUCGAGGUCGUCAACAAGGACGGCAGCCAGAACACCUGGACCUCCACCCUUAUCGAGUACGGUGCCCCUGAGGGUUCCGGUGGCUACUCCGCCAUGUCCAAGCUUGUCGGUGUUCCUUGCGGUGUUGCUACCAAGAUGGUUCUCGACGGUACUAUCACAGAUAAGGGUGUUGUCGCCCCUGUGUACCCUAGCCUUGCCAGGACAUUGAUGAAGCAGCUCAAGGCCGACCACGGUAUCGAGUGCAAGGAGAAGAUCAUUGCUUAAGUGAGCUUUCCGACGUACGAAGACAUGCUCGUCACAUGAGAAAAUGUACAGUCCUGUGAGUCAGCUACAGAACGCAUAUUGUACCACGACACCAUAAUAGAAGUAAAAUGAAGAAAGAGAUUUUAGAUGAUCCCCCAUUUGAAGUAUUGCUCCCGGUGUCUUGCUGAUGUGAUAUUAUAUUAAGCCAAAGCUGUAUCUAACCCCUAUUACCCCUUUUCUAUGCGAAGUGUAUUACAAGAACAGAAAGCCACCUCUAACUCCCCUAUAAUGAUAACAUCCUCCAUCCCCAAGCCUAUGAAAGAGUGAAGGCAAAGGAAAUCGCAACGAGAGCCAGGAUGAAGCUUUCACCCCGAGCCGUGACGGCCGAGUUGACGAUGACAGGAGGUUGAUCUCCGUGAUGUCCGUCGCCGCCACUGGAUCCGCUAGAUCCACCGUCGUUACCACCAUUCCCGCCGUUACCUCCGUUUCCGCCACUGCCUCCCGAGCCUCCACUGCCUCCAGAGCCCCCGCUGCCGCCAUUGCCGCCGUUACCACCAUUGCCUCCAUUUCCAGCAGUGCCUCCGGUACCUCCGUUUCCUCCAUUACCACCGUUGCCGCCGCUACCUCCACUGCUUCCACUUCCUCCAUUUCCACCGGGGACUGGAACGGGAACAGGCUUGGGACCUUGAUUGCAGCCUCCAGGAGGACAAGUCGGAGCAGUCCAGUUACCAGUGCCGUUGUAAGAACAUCCACGGCACGGCUGAACGAUAGGCUUGAGUUGACAUCUGCCAUUGGGGCACUUGUUGCGAUAAGGGCAGUUGACAACAUUGGGUGGGCAUUCGUGCCAGACGUCACCUGGCCUAGGGUUUGGGCUAGGGUUGGGAAUGGGCAUGCCAGUUUGGAUGGGCUGAGUAGGUGCGGGAGUGGGAGUAGCACCUGGGAAGGCCUCAUAUACGAUCUGAGCAUUGUUUCUCUUGUACAGGUCGUAGAUGGGCCAUCCCUGAAUCGUGGCUCCUCCACAGGUUCCCUUGGAUCUGUCGGCCGGGUCACACCAUUGAUUGCAGAGAGCAUUAUCAACCUUUGCAACGCGGUAGGCGAUGGGCCCUGGUGAGAGGUCAAGACGGUCGCAGACACAGCUGUUUCCACGGAAGCCGAUGAUGUUGCCAUUUGAUGAACAUGACGAAGUACACCCAGCUUGACCCAGAUCGAACUGACGAGGAAAGGUGCCGGGCCUAACAGCAACACAUCCAAGAUGUUGGAACGCCCCGUCUUUUGUCAGAGCAGGAUCAGCGGUUGAUUGUGCGAAAACGCCAGCGGCAAAGACGCCAGCAAAGAAGACUGGUCGAACCAUGUUGCAACAAAGAAAAGUAAAGAAUGACUAGGAACACACAAGGAGUAAGUGAGUGACUGGUUGAGUAAGACGGUUCGAAGUCAGAAAGAGAUGGAAGAGAGAGUUAUUUAUCCUUGAUCCAGGCCCAGGCCCUUGGUCUUGCUGUGGCCAUGAUUCUCUUGGCUAUUCG